AUGGUCCAGAAGCUUUACGUUACCUACAACGAUGUGCACAACUUGUGCCAGGAGGUCGCUCCCAAGAUCCUCGAGACCUUCAACCCCCAGCUCAUGAUCGCCAUUGGCGGCGGUGGCUACGUUCCCGCCCGUAUCCUGCGCUCUUUCCUUAAGCGCCCCGGCUCUCCCAACAUCCCCAUCCAGGCCAUCGGUCUCUCCCUCUACGAGUCUCUCGGCGAAGAUGUCGUUGAAGAGCCCGGAACCAAGGUUACCCGCACCCAGUGGCUCGAUCUCACUGCCCUUGGUUCCAUGAAGAACCUUAUCGGCAAGCGCAUCCUCAUCGUUGAUGAGGUCGAUGACACCCGCACCACCCUUGAGUAUGCCGUCAAGGAGCUCCAGAAGGAUGUUGAGGCUGCCCGUCAGGCCCUCGGCGGAGGCGAGGAGACCCAGUUCGCCAUCUUCGUCCUUCACAACAAGGACAAGCCCAAGAAGGGCACUCUUCCCGAGGACAUCAUCUCCCAGGGCCGCUACUUCGCCGCUCUCACCGUUGGUGACGAGUGGAUCUGCUACCCCUGGGAGGCUGGCAACAUUGAGGAACACGACCGCAAUGCUGCUGAGGCCAAGGCCCAGAAGGCUGCCGAUGCCCAGAACUAGACGGGUGACAUCCGAUUAGAGAGAAGACGAAGCAUAAAAGAGAUACCCAGAGAAGAAAAGUUACGCACAUACCAAACCCCGAUGACGAACAGGAGGACCAAAAAGCGGCGCAUAUAGAACGGGAAGAGCAUGGAGUUGGAAUUCACAAAGGAAAGGUUACAUAUUUACG